AUGUCGCAACUACUAUAUAACUUAGAUACAGAAUUUAAUCGAUUUUUCACGGAUGGACACCUUAAUAAUCAUUUAUUGAAGAAAUGUUUAGAUGAAACGCAUGACUUCAAGCUACAGUUGAAGAAGUUGAAGGCUCAUUUAAAUAAGCAGCUACAGGAGCGGGAAUCUGGGAAGGUUGAGGAUGAGGCUACUUUCAGUAAGAAGCGACGUUUGAUUCUGGAGAAGCUCCGUAAGUCUCAUUACAAUUGGGAUGCGUCGGUUAAAAGGUCAUGCAAGACAGCUAUUUCACAACAAAGUAGGUUUGAGAAGCAGGCAGUGAAUAAGCUAUUCGAUUUUGAGUUGGACAAAGUUUAUACAAAUAGGCUUCCACCACAUGCUAAAGAGUACGUGACUGCUGCUAUUGGUAAGCACCUCUCACGGUACAAUAUUAGCAACAUUCCUGUUAGGGAACGUGACGAAAUGGUGAAGUAUAUGAGAAAUGUGUAUGGGGUGGAGGAAGAUGUGACGGAGAGUUAUGUGGAGAUGAAUCAGAUAAUCCAGGACAUGAAGAAUGGUGAUCUAACGAGUUGUAUGGAGUGGUGCAUACCCGGUUCUAAUUUACAGUUCGAAUUGUAUCUGUUAAAGGCCAAACAAUUGUUACUAAACGGCGAUAAGUUAUUAACGUACAAUUAUGUUAUGAAAAACAUUCCAGGACUUAUGAUGCAUACGAGUAAUUAUGGGAUAAGGCACGAUAUAGGCACGUUGUUAGCGAACAUUGCAGUAUGGAGUGCUGAUAAAUUUGAAUUUUUAGAAAAGGAAAUUAAUACGCAGCUCAACAAAUGUAUGAAGUUGUUCACAAAGGAUUAUUGUACGAAAAAUAACUUAUUAUAUGAUUCGUCAUUAUUUUUAAUAUUGUUAAGUGGUAUCAUCUCCUUCCAGUUUUUUAUUAAAUACCAGACCAUUCGUGCUGCAAGCCAUGUUGAUUGGUCAACCGAAGAUGAAUUACCGUUCCACGUUAAGCUACCUGAUUUCUUAUGUGAUUUUCAUCCAAUUUUUAUUUGUCCUGUACUAAAGGAAGAGACUACAAGGGAAAACCCUCCCUUUUCUUUGCCUUGUCACCACAUAAUCUCGAAGAAGAGCUUAGACAAGCUAAGUACUAACGGCACUUGCAAUUUUAAGUGCCCUUAUUGCCCUAUAAUGGCCUCUAAAUAUAAGACAAAAAAGGUUAGCUUUGCAAAGUUGUAA